AUAGAACAUUUCGCUACUUGUCGUCUACCACAAUGUUCGUCAUUUAUAGCCUUUUAGUGGUAAUUACAUAUUCAUCUGUGUGGAUUGAGGUGACGGGUAGCUCUUCCGGUGCACCAGCCACCGCCUGUGAUUCCAUGACGCCUGGACAUGGAUGUUCUCCGAUGACUGUUCCAUGCCCUUUCGAAACUCUUCUCAACCAGACUGAAAUAUCUUCUAGCGACAUAUUGGCCGUAACGAUCCAGCAGUCUGUUUCAUCCGCUCAAUCAUUCAAAGGAUUUUUGAUUAUGGCAUUUGAUACGAAGACGGACGGUGUUGUUGGAACAUUCAAAAUUGCUUCGUUAGACGAGACGAGUAAAACUCUUGAUUGCAGUGGGGAGUACGAGAAUGCUGCCACUCACAGAACGAGCAGCCAAAAGCAGAGUGUAACACUCGAAUGGAUUCCACCGGAAAGCUUUGACGGUGAAGUCUUUUUCAAAACUACUUUUGUCGAAUCCUUUUGCGAAUACUGGGUUCAAGAGCUAUCGAAACAGACCGUCAAAAUUACUCGCUCAGAAAUGACCACACCCACGGCAAGUGAAACAUCGCCGACCACCAAGCUUCCAAUGCCGGAUGUUUAUGCAGGAUGUGGCGUAUCCAAGGGAUGUAUUGCAACACCUGAUGGAUGUGUCGACUCGAAAAGCUGCUCCAUGAUGACGACCUAUAGGAAAAUGAACGACCGUCUUCAACUGGAAAUCUACGGUCAAAUGAAAGGGGACGAAUACGUGGCCAUUGGAUUUUCUGCUGAUUCAAAAAUGGGAUCUGAUAGCGUGGCAGAGUGCGUACAAUAUCGAAACGUAUUGGCAGCCUAUCAAUCUUACAACACCAAAGACCGGAAUAAUGAACGGCUUCCUACGAACGUGGAAGGUUUCGCCUUGGAUGUUUCUACGUUUAGCGAAGGUUACAUUUACUGCAGCCUGCAACAUCCACUAGUUUACCAAAACCAUAACCAAAAUUUUGAUCUGAACGAACCUCAUUACAUUUUAAUGGCGACCGGAGUUACCGGAAAAGAUAACAUCCAACAACACACAACAGAAGAAAAGAGUCGAUUUUCAAUUGAUUUAACGAAUGGAUUCAGCGUUUCAUAUUUUAACCAAUCGAGAAUUUUGAAACAAUUACAUGGUUCUUUCAUGGUCAUCGCCUGGCUUAUGGCCGCUUCUAUUGGAAUUUUGAUGCCGCGUUACAUGAAAAAGACUUGGGUCGGCAAACAAUUUAUGAAAAAAGACCUCUGGUUUGUGUUCCACCGAGGACUGAUGGUGCUCGUCUGGACUCUGACGGUGGCCGGUUUCAUCAUCAUCUUCGUCGACGUUGGAGGCUGGGUAUCGGAAUCUAUCUCUGAGAAUCCGCAUCCGCUGAUCGGUUGCAUAACUACAGUUUUGGCGUUUAUUCAGCCCUUCAUGGCAUUGAUGAGACCCUUGCCCAAUGCGCCAAAUCGAUAUAUUUUCAACUGGGCACACAUGCUCGUCGGAUAUUCAGCCCACACAUUAGCAAUUACUUGCAUUUUUCUCGCUGUCGAGAUGGAAGAAGCGCAAUUACCUUAUGAGACAUACUGGGUCUUAACAGCCCAUGUUUGCUGUUACUUUUGCGCCCAGCUUCUGUUGACAGUUCUUGCACGAAGAAAGUCCGAAACAGUGCAGCACAAACAUUCGGAAGACGAACGGGGCACAUUUGGAAGGAAACUCAUCCUGGCCUGGUACAGUUCCAUUGUUGUUGCACUGGGCUUCACUAUUAUUGUGUUUAUCGCUGGGCCAUGAUAGUAUUAAGAGCAAUCCGUUUGUGUUAAUUGUACAACUCCUGUUAUGAAACAGUAUACCGUCGA